CGUUCGUCGAGUUGGUUGGGCUGUGGCUAUAGCUGUAGCUGUAGCAGUGACUACUCUGCCACUGCCUGUAGACGACUCCGGCUUCACUCUGUGCUGAACGUUCGUUGGAUGCGGUUCUCGCAGCGCGUACGAAGCUUUUUCCCUCCCCUCUCGUGUAGUAAAUACCAUCGCGAAUCGCUCCCCGCAUAUAUAGAGGGCGCUAUCCGAAAGAUACAAUAGUGAUUGUCGGGGCUGCAUGUGGAUAUAUCUGCAGGCCGAUCCGCCGAAACGAUUCGUUGCUCUGGAAAUCCGGGUGGCCUUUUUUGAUUUUUUCUUUCAUUCGUUGGCUUGGCGAAGCGUCAGCAACGCCAGCUCCUAAAGAUUUAAAAUUCGGGGCCAUCAGCACGCAAUUCCGCAGCCCGAGAUGCCGACCAUUCGGCGUUGCUGCAUCAUCGGCUGUUUGUCCAACUCACGCCAGCAUCCUAGCAUGCAGUUCUUUGCCUUUCCUCGUCCGGAGAACCCCUUCCACAAGCUUUGGAAGGAGGCGUGCCAUGCCUCCUUGCGCAGGAUAGUGCCGUUUAAGAAGCCAGUAGUGUGUGCUCUGCACUUUGAUCCCAGUGUCCUGGGUGGUCGCAGGCUUCAGUCCAAUGCCUUGCCCACACUUAGGCUCGAGGUGCCAUCGAACUUGGAGGCCGUGGAGCAGCAGGCGAUGGUGGAAGAGAUUGAGAGAAGCAGGAAGUGCGCCUACAUAAAUGCGGUGGUGUACGAGUGGUUGGUUAGGGCCAACAUUAAUCCCCAGCUGAGGGGAAGCAUCACACACGGAAUGAUCAAGGACAAGGCGGAGAAUGCUAGGCAGGUCAUCGGAAGCACCUCUUUCAUCGCAGACAAUCGUUGGCUAAACCGCUUCAGGGAGACGCAUCUCCAGGGAUUUGCGCAGAAGCUGGCAACCAAUCAGCUGAAGGCCCUGGGGACAUCAUUGUGGAUCCCGGAUAUAGUUCAAGAUCUGGCGCAUCUAUUUCCGCCUGCUAGCGCUGAACGAGUGGCGAAACUGGACGAAAUGCCCGAGCAAUAUGUGAACUACAUGCAACAGUAUGGGGAAUACGAAGAGGAUGACGACAGUCAGGACGUCGUCCAGCAGCAGCAGCAGCAACAACAACAGCAGCAGCACUUUGCCCUUCAACAACAACACAUGCAGCAGCAAUUGGGCCACCCAUGGCCUCCGUUUCCCGGACAUCCAGGUCAUCCACCGCACCCAGGAUUUGCCGGCUUCAAUGACUUUUACUUUGAGCGGCAGAUGCAGCAGCAAAUGCAACAGCAACAACAGCAGCAACAGAUGCAGCAGCAGCCACCGUUUCCCCAAAGGGAACCCUUUCAGCCCCAACUGCCCCCGAACGGAUCCACCCAAAGGGCUAGUCCGUUCCAACCGGUGCAAUUAGCUAAGAGGCCAAAAAUAGAAUCACUUGACGACGAUGAAGUCCAGGAAAUCAACUCGUCGGCCACCUCACCAACAAUACCGCAGGCCGAAUCUACUUUGAUAAGCAAGGAUAGCCGGAGUUCGAGUCCUAAGGAGCAGAAUAAUAACAACUGUGGAGGAAGAGACAGUGCCAGUAGUAAGGAGAAUGCUCCAAAGGGGAAUGGCGGACUGAGUGGGAAGUCCACUCCAGCAUCCUCAAUGAAGGGCAAGGACUCUCCUGCGCCAGGUGCUCCGGCCUCUACGCCCUCAUCGCCGAAAAAAAUUGCCAAUGGGGGAGGUGGACACACAAAUGGUCAUCCAUCCCCAGAACCCGAGGGGAGUUAUAGCUUGGCUUCUCUUAAGGAACUGGAUAGCUAUACACAAGCCUUGGAAUAUCUUAAGCCGCUGGAAGAUUUUGUGCUCUUGAAGGAGAAUUUCCGGGCAAUUGGUCUGCUCUCCCAGCUGGAAUUGGUGCUUCGCAAAGGGGACAAGGCAACGCUGGCCGACGGUUAAGAUUCGUUAGGAGAUCUUAACCAAUUUAUAGAGCAUAAAACCAAAUGUGAUGAACAAUGUACAUAUGUAUCAAAUAGUAUUACUAAUUUGUCCAACUAUUAACUGAGUUAUGUAAUAUUAGUGGAAAGAAUCUCCAUUUACCUAAGUUACAAAUAAAGAAUUAAUUUAUUAACUAAAAUAACAUAAAAAAUAAAUUUGAUUUUAAAAAUAUAUAUAUUUGCACUC